AUGGAACUGCGGGAGGUCCCUGAGGAGAGGUUUGAGAAUCACUUCUGCAGGGAAGAGUGAGGACAACCUAUUUAUUUGUACUGUACUCAUGUCAAAAUAGGCUUACUUUUUUAUUAACAUAACCAUUGAGCCUUGUUUAGUGGAGCAAAGUAAAUUAUUAUUUUGUCUCGUCUCUGUUUUCAAGAAUGUUCAGGAGUCCACAGAUUCUGGCCUUGACAUGCCCUGUCAGGACCCUGCUGUUGUCAGUCAGAGACCCCCGAGUGCCUGCCCUACCUGAGCAUGCCUGUCAGAGGUGGACUGGACCCAAAGCAGGGAGAAGUCUCUGUCAGGGGGGUGGAGGGGAGGAGGCAGUAUCCCUCUCUUCAGCCAUCUCUUCACACCUUGUUAGCAGAGGCACCUCCGGUUAUGAAAGCUGUCUCCUAAACACUGCACCUCAACACCCCUUAAAAAAAGACACCCCUCCCAACCGGCCUCAAUUGUCUCAGGACUCUAGCUUUGUCUCUUUGAAACGUACACCACGACUGCCGGUGUUAGUAUCAUGUGACCCUUGGAAAACCACUCUAUUGGAACAUUUGGACAAUUCUAAAGCCCCCGAAUGUUCUAGCGACCUCAAGUGCCUUCUACAAAGGAGGCAAACUGACAAUGGUAGCCAAUGUUUAUCUGCUGAGGUGACGGUCAACGUCACAUUCAGUGUUAAAAGGAAUAGUUACAGUCCUGUUCGAAGUGGCAAGAUUGACCUUUUUCAUAGACUGCUUGUGUACACACCAAUACAGUGGACUGUGGAUUCCCAGCGAAGCCUUUCACUCCAGAGCCGUGGCCUGCACCAGACUGCUGCCUCCUGCCCUGAGAGUGCCUUGAGGGAGUGCCUUUCGCUGGUGAAUGAGGCGCGCUGCCGGCAGAGCCUGGGGCCUAAUGUGGCUCUGUAUGAGAAGGACGUCCGGGGGAAGAGGGGGGCCAGUGAGGCCGAGGGGAAGUGGGCGUCCGUGCUGGUCUCUCUUUGCUCCGUGGAGGGAGAGCCCGCCUUUCUCUUCACCCUCAGAUCCACAGCACUGAAGGGCAGACACAAGGGCGACGUCAGGUAACCACAGACUCCUGCACCAUUCCCACUGCUUUGAACUUAACAACUCUGAAAAUGACAACUUUGUUAGUGUGAUUUGAGAAAAACAUUGUCAUGUAAAUGAAUGUAUGAAGUUGUAUGAAAAAAAAAAAAUGUAUGCACUCAAGUUGCUCUGGAUAAGAGCGUCUGCUAAAUGACUCAAAUGUAAAUGUAUAGAAAGCUGGAAAUUGACAAAGUGCUGUGUGAAUGUCCAGUUUUGCAGGGGGCAAGCGUGACCCUUCGGACAAGGACGUUGUGGACACCGCCCUGAGAGAAGCUCGUGAGGAACUGGGCAUCACUGUGGCAACAAACCAAGUGUGGGGCGUGCUGAAACCACUCAGGGAUAUGGUGAGACCCUUAACCCUACCCAUAAUCCUUCAUGAUCCCCAUCCAUCUCACAGCUAGGAGCUCCCCUCUGCUCUUGAUCAGUUGAAAUGGGGUAAUAUUAUUUCAGUGAAACAUUUCUUAAUAUGAGUAUGUCUUCAUUAUGUAAAUUGUUGAUCUGCUGCUUUUCCUAAUCAUGGCACAUUUUCUCUCAGUCUGGAAUGAUGAUAGCCCCUGUACUGGCCAACCUCGGCCACCUGGAGGCGCUGUCGUUCAAGCCAAAUCCUGCCGAGGUACAGUUACAAGAACUCAGUUUGCAAACGUUACAAUCACUCUGUUUGCGUUUGGGCUGAACUAACACGAAUACCACCUAACAUGGAGUUAAAAUGACAUUCUCCUUUCUCUCUCAGGUAGAAGAGAUCUUCACCCUGUCGCUCUCCCACGUAUGCAGUCCCCAGAAUCGGGGAUACACCCACUUCCGUACCGGUGAGCGCUACGGAUACACCCUGCCCGUGUUCCGCAACGGGAAGCACCGCGUGUGGGGCCUCACUGCCGUGGCCGUCGAACACACACUCAAACUCAUCGCUCCGCCAUGACAACCAAUCAUGCCAGACUUCACCAAUCAUGCCAGCCAUCACUACUGUUUUUUGUAAAGCAUAGUGUAUGUGUGAUUACGGAAUAAUUUGAAUGAUCAAUUUCACAUAUGAAACAAAUAAUGGGGCUCAUGUAUCAAUUGAGGACUUCUUACAGUCAAUGUAUCCCUAAUAAGCAUACAUGUCAGAAUUGAUAUAUUUAAUAGAUAUAUAUAUUUAUACAGUGGGGAAAAAAAGUAUUUAGUCAGCCACCAAUUGUGCAAGUUCUCCCACUUAAAAAGAUGAGAGGCCUGUAAUUUUCAUCAUAGGUACACGUCAACUAUGACAGACAAAUUGAGGAAAAAAAAUCCAGAAAAUCACAUUGUAGGAUUUUUAAUGAAUUUAUUUGCAAAUUAUGGUGGAAAACAAGUAUUUGGUCACCUACAAACAAGAUUUUGGCUCUCAUAGACCUGUAACUUCUUCUUUAAGAGGCUCCUCUGUCCUCCACUCGUUACCUGUAUUAAUGGCACCUGUUUGAACUUGUUAUCAGUAUAAAAGACACCUGUCCACAACCUCAAACAGUCACACUCCAAACUCCACUAUGGCCAAGACCAAAGAGCUGUCAAAGGACACCAGAAACAAAAUUGUAGACCUGCACCAGGCUGGGAAGACUGAAUCUGCAAUAGGUAAGCAGCUUGGUUUGAAGAAAUCAACUGUGGGAGCAAUUAUUAGGAAAUGGAAGACAUACAAGACCACUGAUAAUCUCCCUCGAUCUGGGGCUCCACGCAAGAUCUCACCCUGUGGGGUCAAAAGGAAAGCAUGAAUGGGGCCAUGUAUCGUGAGAUUUUGAGUGAAAACCUCCUUCCAUCAGCAAGGGCAUUGAAGAUGAAACGUGGCUGGGUCUUUCAGCAUGACAAUGAUCCCAAACACACCGCCCGGGCAACGAAGGAGUGGCUUCGUAAGAAGCAUUUCAAGGUCCUGGAGUGGCCUAGCCAGUCUCCAGAUCUCAACCCCAUAGAAAAUCUUUGGAGGGAGUUGAAAGUCUGUGUUGCCCAGCGACAGCCCCAAAACAUCACUGCUCUAGAGGAGAUCUGCAUGGAGGAAUGGGCCAAAAUCAAAUCAAAUCAAAUCAAAUCAAAUUUUAUUGGUCACAUGCGCCGAAUACAACAGGUGCAGACAUUACAGUGAAAUGCUUACUUACAGCCCUUAACCAACAGUGCAUUUAUUUUAAACAAAAAAAGUAAGAAUAUAACAACAACAAAAAAGUGUUGAGAAAAAAAAGAGCAGAAGUAAAUAUAAAGUGACAGUAGGGAGGCUAUAUAUACAAUAGAAUAAAGUGACAGUAGGGAGGCUAUAUAUACAGGGGGCUACCGUUGCAUAGUCAAUGUGCGGGGGCACCGGCUAGUUGAGGUAGUUGAGGUAAUAUGUACAUGUGGGUAGAGUUAAAGUGACUAUGCAUAAAUACUUAACAGAGUAGCAGCAGCGUAAAAAGUAUGGGGUGGGGGGGCAGUGCAAAUAGUCCGGGUAGCCAUGAUUAGCUGUUCAGGAGUCUUAUGGCUUGGGGGUAGAAGCUGUUGAGAAGUCUUUUGGACCUAGACUUGGCACUCCGGUACCGCUUGCCGUGCGGUAGCAGAGAGAACAGUCUAUGACUAGGGUGACUGGAGUCUUUGACAAUUUUGAGGGCCUUCCUCUGACACCGCCUGGUAUAGAGGUCCUGGAUGGCAGGGAGCUUUGCCCCUGUGAUGUACUGGGCCGUACGCACUACCCUCUGUAGUGCCUUGCGGUCAGAGGCCAAGCAGUUGCCAUACCAGGCGGUGAUGCAACCAGUCAGGAUGCUCUCGAUGGUGCAGCUGUAGAAUUUUUUGAGGAUCUGAGGACCCAUGCCAAAUCUUUUUAGUCUCCUGAGGGGGAAUAGGCUUUGUCGUGCCCUCUUCACAAAAUACCAGCAACAGUGUGUGAAAACCUUGUGAAGACUUACAGAAAACGUUUGACCUGUGUCAUUGCCAACAAAGGGUAUAUAACAAAGUAUUGAGAAACUUUUGUUAUUGACCAAAUACUUAUUUUCCACCAUAAUUUGCAAAUAAAUACAUAAAAAAUCCUACAAUGUGAUUUUCUGGAUUUUUUUUUUCUCAUUUUGUCUGUCAUAGUUGACGUGUACCUAUGAUGAAAAUUACAGGCCUCUCAUCUUUUUAAGUGGGAGAACUUGCACAAUUGGUGGCUGACUAAAUACUUCCCCCCCCCACUGUAUAUCAGGUAGGGUCAUGUAAGGAACAAUCACCUUCCAUGUCAAAGCCACUUUGGAUUGUAAUGUCACUGUAUUUUGUCAUACUGACAUAUUCAUCUGCAGUUCUCCCUGGAAAGGUUAAAUCUCGACAGUUCAUUCAUUCACUAACCUUAUGAAGGUAAGGCACCAUGUUUCGGUGUGUCAGAAAAUGCAAUAAAAAUGUUUUACGAUUCUAUCCUUUUUAAAAAUGUUAUUAUUUUAUAUGACAUGCAGACAGAAAUAAAUAUAGUGCCAAAAAAAUAGCAUUUGAUGUACAACGUACAGG